AUCCGUCUGAAUUCAAGUCCAAGAAAUUGUGAUUUUCAAAAAGGCCAUGCGCGCAUCUUUAGCGCAGUUUGCCAACUUUGUUUUGAUACGUGAGGUUACAAUUUUCGUGCAAAAUUUGGCUCACACGUUGCCUGGGGAUUGUGCAAAUGCCGACGAUUUAUGCGGUAACCGUGUGGAUCUAUUAAGUCGAUCCGCUUAUCACUUAUCACUGCGCUUCUCAAAACAUUAAAAAACAUGAUUGCACAUACAUACAUAUAUGUAUGUAGCGGUUUUUUACGUCGUGAAACGUUUUGAAACGUCUGCAGAGUAUGUGGAAAAAGGUAUGUUUCCAAUUAGUUUCCAUGCGAACAGCUGAGUUGGGAAAAAAGAAGUAGCUCUAGGCUCCAACAACAAUGGGCAAUGAAGGAAGCAAGUUAAAAGGCUUAAUUAUUGACAAAAAUGCGGUAGAGGUCAACGACUUCUGGGCCCUAUAUAAUGCAGAAUCCCCAACGACGUCCAACGAAGAGGGCGGCGGCGCUCAACUUCUGUCCAUAUUUCAAGGUGAAAUUCUAGUGAAGGGGCAACUAUGGAGUCCAGUGGGCCCUAUGGAGAGAGCCAUAAAGAACCUCAUGAUCUAUCGACAUCCGUACAUAUUAAAAUAUGUGACCACAUGGGAACAGUCGGGACAAAAGCAUCUUGCCACGGAGAGAGUCAGGCCACUUAACGACGUGCUAGCUAAACAGAGCGACAUACAAGUGUGCCUGGGUCUACGAACUAUACUGCGCAGCCUAAUAUUUUUGAUUGAAAAGGCACUGGCAAGACAUUUGAAUAUAUGCACACAUUCCGUUUAUGUGACAGACAGUGGGAGCUGGCGUCUGGCUGGCUUCGAGUACGUUUGGAAAGCUAAAGAGGUUAACAAACAAUUGCUCGAUCUUGCAAGUACUUUUAUGGAUCCAAAAAACCUCGGGGAAGAUUUUGAGCAGUUCGCUUUUGCUUCCCUAUGCGAGAGUGUCCUGGAAAAAUGUAGACCUGCUGCCGGCGACGCUGGUACUCCGCAUGUGCCCGAGUUUCGCGAGUAUUGCAGCACCCACUUAAAACACAAAAACACGGAGCUAAGACCCAAGCUUUCAGCCGUCUUACUGCAUCCGUACUUCAAUCAUGAGUUUGUACUAAUACAUUCCUUUCUCUUUGAGUUGCCGUUGAAGUCGAUCCAAGAGCGCCAGCAAUUUUUUAGCACAUUAAUUGAACGUUUGCGUUGCUUUGAUGAGCAAAUGGUGGCCUCUCAGCUUGCCAGCGAUUUGCUCUCCAGGAUGGUUCUACUCGAUCCCACCGCCCAACUGUGUGUGCAACCGUACGUGCUGCGGACAAAGGCCACAGACGGUGCAGGCGCAACUGUAUCUCUGUUUUCUCCACAGACUUACGUACAGUAUCUUCUUCCACAUAUACUCAAGAUGUUCCGCCUCCGAGAUGCACAAAUCCGUUUGAUACUAUUGGACUAUUUUAUGGAGUACGUUCGUCUCUUGGACGAUGAGCAGCUACAGAGUGAGAUUCUCCCGCAUUUGCAGCUCGGAAUGAGCGACACCAAUGACGUGCUAGUGGCCAAAACAUUAAGAUCCAUGGCUGAUUUGGUGCCUAUUUUAGGGGCAAAUAAAGUUCUAGGUGGAGACCGUCGCCGCUGUUUUUCCGAUGGUCGCCCGCAUGCAGCUGUAUCCACAGAUAGCCAGCAUCUGUUGACAGAGCCGCGUUCCAUAACUCCUUUAAUGAAUGGCAAUUCCAUAGAUGCAGAAGACGACGAAUUCAUGGUUUCCGGCAGCCCCCUGCCAACGGAAAACAAUGUAGCUCCUCUGUCGUUGCGACUUAGUCCUGAUGGCGGAGAAGACGAGAAAGAUCUGACGAAUUUAAUUGAGAAACCUCAGGAGACGGACCGCAGCAGCCACCCUGAAAACAAUUCCAAUAGUUUCACCGCUGCCCACGACAACACACUGAUCAAUGCGGAUGAGGAGGAGGUCUGGUCCGACUGGGACACUACAGAUGAGCUGCAGCGCCUGCAUGUUAAGCAAGCCGGAUUGGAGGAACAGUUGCCCACUGGCGAGUUGGCUUUGAAUAUUUUGGAGACCAACAGUAGUGCCUCUACGCAGGCGACGCAAACCUCUUCGAGCGACUCCUACCGUACCGCCUGCUCCAACCUAUCAAUAUCAACCACCAAGCUAGCGGCGCAACCGAGUCGCACGCUCAUCGAUGAUCUGAACGCCCUCGAUAUACAAGUGCAGUUGGCUACGCCGCCGGGUAGAUCAGAGUUGACAGAGUUUGAUUUUUUCAAGGACAUGGAGCCGGUCAUAGAAUGCAAAGCAACUAGUAGCAGUGCCCCGACAGAGGUGAUUCAUGUGGACGCCAGUCGCUUUGCGGCAGCCACAGUGACCCCCAAUGGUGACGAUCUGGGCGAUGAGGCGAAUCAGGGUUGGGGUCACGACGAUCAGGAUGAAGAUGAUGUUGUAUGGGGCACGAACUAGAACACUAGAACAAGAGGUCUGCAGGUUGAAAUUCUGUAAACUGCACAAUAAAGUCCAUGCCAUGUAAUUGAAUGUCAUGUA